UGUACGAACCGCGGCUGCUGCCACUCUCUAUGCCCGAGCGCCGGCUGUCCAUCUCCGAGGAGGCUGCAGCUCGCAGGAGACCACAGCAUCUCCUUCACUUCAUUCCUCCCAUCACUUGCUAUUACACCAAGGCGCUGGAGCUCUUGUAUGCCAGGGACUAUAAGACAUGCGUUCUAUAAGGAAGAGGUGGACUAUCUGCACCAUAAGUAUCCUCCUCAUCUUCUACAAAACCACGGAGAUCGCGCGGACCGAUGAGCAUCAGGAUUCUCCUCUCAAUGGUGACGGUGAGCUCACGUUGAGUAGACUGAUGGUGAAUAGCUCAGAUAAGAUUUUGAGAAAAGAAGGGUCAGCAGUCUUUAGCCAUGCCGGAGCAGGCUGGAAGAUCAAUUCUUCAUUGGCUUUGGAAAUAAGGAAAGAUAUUCUCCGAUUUCUGGACGCAGAGAGAGACGUAUCUGUUGUUAAAAGCAGCUUCAAGCCGGGAGACGUAAUUCAUUAUGUUCUGGAUAGACGCCGUACUCUAAAUAUUUCACAGAAUCUGCACAGUCUUCUGCCCGAAGUGUCACCGAUGAAGAGCCGGCGUUUUCAGACCUGUGCAGUGGUGGGGAAUUCUGGAAUUCUUCUCGGCAGCGGAUGUGGCAAGGAGAUUGACAGCCAUGACUUUGUAAUAAGGUGCAAUUUAGCUCCUGUAGUCGAAUUUGCUGCCGAUGUUGGAACCAAAUCAGACUUCAUAACCAUGAACCCAUCAGUGGUACAGAGAGCAUUCGGGGGAUUUCGCAAUGAAAGCGACCGGGCAAAAUUUGUUCAUAGACUUUCCAUGCUUAAUGACAGCGUCCUUUGGAUACCAGCUUUCAUGGUGAAAGGUGGAGAGAAGCAUGUGGAAUGGGUUAAUGCUUUAAUUCUUAAAAACAAACUCAGAGUACGAACUGCCUAUCCAUCGCUAAGGCUCAUUCACGCUGUCAGAGGGUACUGGAUAACAAACAAGGUUCAGAUCAAGAGACCCAGCACCGGUCUUCUUAUGUACACGCUGGCUACACGGUUUUGCGAUGAAAUCCAUCUUUACGGAUUUUGGCCUUUCCCCAAGGAUGUUUAUGGAAACCUAGUAAAAUAUCAUUAUUACGAUGAGCUGAAAUACAAAUACUUUUCUAAUGCUGGACCCCACAGGAUGCCGCUUGAAUUCAAGACAUUAAAUUUAUUGCAUAACAAAGGGGCAUUAAAACUCACCACUGGGAAAUGUGAACAGCAAUAACGUUUACUAAAAUGCAAUCAGUAAAGCAUCUCAGUCGAGAUAUUUUCUGGGAAAUGUUUAGAGCUGUGCUCUUUUUAAUGGAAGAGAAUAUGGUGUGACAUUUUAGAAUACCUGCUCACAGUUGGGUUCCAGCUGAUGUGUUAGUUUCAAGGUGCUAUAAACCAGUGUUGGUUCAGAGUAAGUGCCACUGAGUUGAAAACUCGAAUGUUUUACUAGUGUUUACAAGACCUGAAUAUACAAUCACUGGAACUGGAAGAAUGAAGAUGAGUCUGUGCUGACAUGAUGGAACUACAAGUGAUAGAACUUAAGGCACCUAGUUUACAUUCACAUUUCGAUCAGUAUUCACGUGGAUUCAUUUAAUGCUGUUAGACCCUUCAUUUUGAUUGCUCUUGUAUUAUAAAUUUGUAAUUUUUCUAAGCAUUUUUGUAGAGUAGAAGCAAAAAGAAUGUUGCAAAAGGUAAUGAUGAAGAGUCACUUGAUGUAGACUCUCUAGCAUGAUCAUGGAGGUUGGUAUAAACCAUGUGAGUGACUCUGCCUUUUGUACAACAUGUGACUGAGAACAAAAUCAUAGACAACUGAGCAGAUUAGGACAGAGACCAAUUUGUAGAGGAAAAUGAAAUGACAAUAAUAGCUAUGAUAAUGGCUAUCAAUUAUAAACUCCUUUACAUCUGACAUUAUUUCAAAGUGAACCUUUUAGCUUAGCAGACGGCACUGGAAACAUUUUGUGGACAAGAUUGACUUCAUGAAUAUACUGACAGAUAUCGUGGAAGUUACAGAUUGUGCACCAAUGUUCAGUCUCAUCACCAACCCACAGAAUGCUGCAUCCAGUGUUGGCGAUGGGUUCUAGAUUUGAUCGUACAUUUCAGUGUUAGGAGGCUUCUCUGGAAUAUCCUCCUUAAAGCCGUUUAUUAGUUCUGUCUGAUCCUCAGAUCAGCUAUGGUAUUACUGUAGAGCAGCAAAUACAUUUCUAAGUUUUAUGUGAAUUUUCAGAAUUUUGUUACCAGACAUAGGUGCCCUUACUUUUGGUACCAAAGAUUUCAGUGAUUUUGUAUAAAUAUUUGUGUUCUUUAAUUUGAUUAUUAUAUUUUUUUUUAAUCUAGAGUACAUUUAUAGUAUUGCGAAGCUAUGCUGCUGGAAUAGAUAUAUAUCAGUUAUGUUUAUUAUAUGAUUCUGUUUUAAAUGUGUUUAUUGAAAAAUCAUAUUUUGUAUGUUUAUUUAAAUGUUAAUGAGGAGCAGUUGUUGGAGUAUUCAUUUCAAUAUUGUGCUGCAUUAAUACAUAAAAAAACACAACUCAUGAAAAAAACUAUUUCCUUCCAUCCUGUAUGUAGUAAAGCAUGGUAGAUAUGAAAACAUUUCACUUUGAAGCAUUAUUUUGCAGUUUACAUAAAAGAUUUUAGUAACUGUACUCCCGAGCAUCACUCAGCAGGAUCAACCCAUCACCUGGUAGGGUUGAUCAUUCUGAUUAAAAUGAUACCUGUCUCGUGAAAACUGAGAAAAAGAUUUUUAUUCUUUAUGCAAAUGAGGGCUAUAGUGCACUAAAAGUUGGUGCACCUCAGCUCCAAAGCUUUCCAAUGCUGACCACGCAUGGAAUGCCACAACUGAUUUCCAUAGGACAGGUAUCAUAUAGCAGGAUCAACCCCCCCCCUUCCCAGGCAGUAUGUCUGGUUUAAUAGGGAUGACCCUGCUGAUGGGUGCUCUUUAACAAGAUCUUUUUCAAAUUGUAUUUUUCUGCUACAGCAUCGAUACCGCCUGCUAGUUCAGUGUCUCCAUUCAUAAAGGUGUUGAUAAUAUGUAGUAAUUACACACAAAUAAAAUUACCCCCCUCCCCUAGAAUAUUAUCUAGGUGUUCAGCUGAAGACCUGUUUACAUGUACAGUAGCAAUAAUUGUUACAAUUUCUUCAUUUCUGAGCAAUCAUGUCAGUUAUUGUAUAAUCUGAACUGAUCAUUAGUGGUAUCAGUAAAUAUGGCUCAAGAAGCAGUACUUCGAAUGACACUGUUACUACACUGAUAUGGCGACAGUCAAUAUGACUGACGAGUAUUGA